CAGCAUUGCAGGUUAUUUCUUGUCUUGACUCAACCCCGACACGAGCUCGUGUCUUUUCAUUCUUUUCCUGACUCUCUUUGACGCAUCAAUAAGCUUUGUUUGUACGAGCUGUGCUACUGCAGUUGCUGCUGUCCCAUCUUCUCAUCGUCCACGCGGGUAGUACUCCCGGAGGCGAGAGACAGGGAAGGACAGAUUAUUAUAACUGCAUCCUCGUUAACGACUCGAGCCCAUCUUCUUCUUGCUCCCCUCAACGACACCUGCACGACGAAUGUGAACGUCGAGACACGUAUUAAAACACAUCACCAGUGCGAGCCACGUUAAGCUGCAGUAAAGUUCAUCUGGGUAUCAGAGCAGGCACCAAGUAUGAGCUACGGCGAACCGUGGUCGCUUCCAGAAAAGAAGGGUCUCUACGAUCCAACCCUCGAACGGGAUGCUUGUGGUGUCGGCUUCAUCGUUGCCAUUGACGGCAAACGCUCUCACAAAAUUGUUCGCGAUGCAGAGACGUUGUCCGCUCGCAUGAACCACAGAGGUGCUUGCGCCUGUGACAAUGACACCGGAGACGGAGCCGGUGUUUUAUGUGCUAUACCACAUCAGUUUUACGCCAACGAACUACGAGAAAAGCAAGGGAUCGACCUUCCACAGUUGGGGCAGUACGCGACUGGAAUUCUAUUUCUAGACAAGAAAACUCACGAAGAGACAGAAGCUGCUUUUGCAAAAAUUGCCACAGAAUGUAAUCUACGGAUAAUCUGUUGGCGUGACGUACCCACGGAUAGUUCCGUCAUUGGUCAAGUGGCUAAAAAAUGCGAACCUUACAUGCGCCAAGUCUUUGUGACUGGCGAUCAAGAAACCGCGGCUUUAAACCGCCAGGUAUUUGUCCUGCGAAAGAGGUCGUCGCACGUUAUACCCAAACCAGGCUUGAGAUACUACAUUUGUUCUCUGUCCUUGAAAACAAUUGUUUACAAAGGACAGCUCACCGCCGAUCAACUGUGGAACUACUUUACAGACUUGAAGUCGCCAAAAUUCGAAACUUCUCUGGCACUUGUGCACACUCGCUUCUCUACAAAUACAUUUCCCAGCUGGGAGAGAGCACAUCCACUUCGACUACUUGCUCACAAUGGGGAGAUCAAUACGCUACGGGGUAACGUGAAUUUUAUGAAGGCCCGUGAAGGAGUGAUGAAGAGUAAAUUAUAUGGUAACCAGCUAAAAAAUCUUUAUCCAGUUGUGGAGCCCAAUCUUUCAGACUCGGGAUCCGCUGAUUGUGUGCUCGAGUUUUUGGUCAUGGCUGGAGAGCGUUCUUUACCAGAGGCGGUGAUGACAAUGGUACCAGAAGCUUGGCAAAAUGACUUGACCAUGGCAACCGAAAAGCGAGACUUUUAUCACUGGGCUGCAUGUGCAAUGGAGCCGUGGGAUGGUCCAGCGCUCCUUACUUUCACCGAUGGCAGAUACGUUGGUGCCAUUCUGGACAGAAACGGCCUGCGCCCGUCGCGCUUCUACGUCACUAAGGAUAAUGUGAUGGUGAUGGCGUCCGAAGUGGGCGUCUAUGAUACUCCACCCGCCAAUGUUGUCCUCAAGAGUCGCCUGAAGCCUGGCAGAAUGCUGCUUGUCGACACCGAAGAAAAACAAAUCAUUCAAGAUGUCGAGCUCAAGUUGAAAAUUGCUCGAAGCCGUCCUCACUCGCAGUGGCUGAAAAAUCAGAUGAUGACUAUGGACGAUUUUCGCAAAGCUCACAAUGAAACGGAACGCAGUUUAGAAAAUGGCGUCAGUAACGCUUUAGUACCGAAAAAUGGAGUAUCCAAGGAUGGUAUCUCUGCAGUAAAUCGCGUAUGGAGUGGGGACAAGAGAAUCGCUUUAUUUGGUUACACCCUGGAGACUAUCAAUCUGUUACUUUUGCCAAUGAUUCAGACCAAAAAAGAAGCUCUUGGUUCUAUGGGCAAUGAUGCACCUUUGGCAUGCCUCUCUGAAUUCCAACCACUUAUUUAUGAAUAUUUUAAACAGCUCUUUGCUCAAGUAACGAAUCCACCCAUUGAUCCAUUCAGGGAAAAAAUUGUAAUGUCACUUUUAUGCCCGAUCGGUCCAGAAAGUAAUAUUUUAGAACCGAGUGAAAUGUAUGUCCAUCGUUUAUUUUUAGAACAACCAAUUCUAUCCUUGUAUGACCUCGAGGUCUUAAAAAAAACAAGCUACCGCGGUUGGAAAUGUCAAGUUAUCGAUUGUACUUAUGCUAAAUCAGAGGGACCUGCGGGAUUAUUAAAGACCUUGAAUCGAGUCUGCGAUGAAGCCAAUGCUGCUGCCAGAGCAGGCUAUCAACUCAUAAUUUUGUCGGAUCGUCAGGCCGGACCAGAGAGAGUACCCGUAAGCAUAGUUUUGGCACUUGGAUCGGUGCAUCAUUUCCUAAUCGAAGAAAGGCAGCGUAUGAAGGUUGGUUUGAUCCUGGAAACCGGUGAAGCCCGCGAAGUCCAUCACAUGUGCGUCCUACUUGGAUAUGGAGCAGAUGGCAUCUGCCCCUACUUGGUGUUUGAAAUGGCUAAAGAUCUUAGAUCUGAUUUUGUUCUUGACCAAUCGAUGACUGAUCAAGUUAUAUUUAAAUGCUACGCGGAAGCAAUGGAACGUGGCAUUGCCAAAGUAAUGGCCAAAAUGGGAAUAUCCACAUUGCAGUCGUACAAAGGUGCUCAAAUAUUUGAAGCUGUGGGUCUGGCUGAUCAAGUUGUAGAAAAGUGCUUCAAGGGCACUUACUCGCGAAUCGGAGGAGUAAACUUUGACAUAUUAGCGCGAGAAGGUUUCUCGCGUCAUCGAAUGACCUACUGGGAUGAUAGCUUUGACACGGUCGUCAUCAACAAUCCAGGAAUUUAUCAUUGGAGAGCCGGUGGCGAAAAGCACAUCAACGAUCCUCGCAGUAUCGCCAGUCUCCAAGAAUACGUCAAUUCCAAGAAUUGGAGUGCGUACGAAAAUUAUCGACAAACAUCGAUGGAAGUUGUCCAAGCCUGCACUCUUCGCGGUCAACUCGAAUUCGUGAAAAACAAGACUGCAGUUGACAUUUCACUCGUAGAGCCAGCCUCGGAAAUUGUCAAGCGCUUUGCUACGGGAGCCAUGAGUUUUGGUAGUAUUUCACUGGAGGCUCACUCUACCCUUGCCAUUGCUAUGAAUAGAAUCGGUGGUAAAUCAAAUACUGGUGAGGGUGGCGAAAACGCAGACAGAUACUUGAAUCAAGAUCCGCAGUUUAACAAACGAUCGGCCAUCAAACAGGUUGCCAGCGGUCGCUUUGGCGUUACUUCGUGUUAUUUGGCCAAUGCCGACGAUUUGCAAAUAAAAAUGGCUCAAGGAGCAAAGCCUGGCGAAGGUGGCGAAUUGCCAGGUUACAAGGUAACAGCUGAUAUCGCUGCUACGAGACACUCUGUACCAGGAGUAGGUCUCAUUUCUCCGCCACCUCACCACGACAUUUAUUCCAUCGAGGAUUUAGCUGAACUGAUUUAUGAUUUGAAAUGUGCCAAUCCAAAGGCGAGAAUAUCGGUCAAGCUCGUGUCCGAAGUUGGUGUCGGUGUUGUCGCAUCCGGUGUGGCCAAAGGCAAAGCCGAGCAUGUUGUUAUAUCCGGACACGAUGGUGGCACCGGAGCGAGUAGCUGGACGGGAAUAAAGUCUGCUGGAUUGCCGUGGGAAUUGGGUGUAGCCGAGACACAUCAAAUCCUAACUCUCAAUAACCUUCGCUCGCGCAUGAUUGUCCAAGCUGACGGUCAAAUGCGAACGGGCUUCGACAUUGUAGUUGCUGCUUUAAUGGGUGCCGAUGAGUUUGGCCUCAGUACUGCUCCUCUCAUCGCUAUGGGUUGUACCAUGAUGAGGAAAUGCCACUUGAACACAUGUCCCGUUGGAAUUGCUACACAAGAUCCUCUUUUGAGAAAAAAAUUUGCUGGCUCACCCGAGCACGUUAUCAAUUUUUUCUUUGCUCUUGCCGAAGAUGCCCGCAGAAUUAUGGCUUCUUUGGGAAUAACCAAAUUUCAAGAUCUAAUUGGUCGUACCGACUUGCUUAAAAUUCGUGACGACAUUUCAAGUGUCAAAGCCAAAACGUUGGAUUUAUCAAUGGUCCUGCGCAACGCUCUAGAAUUGAGACCUGGCGUCAAUAUCAAGGGUGGAAGCGUCAAACAAGACUUUCAACUCGAGCAGAGAUCCGAUAAUCAACUCAUCGAUAGAGCAAUGCCAGUUUUGAAUGGCCAACAAAAUAGCGUGACCAUCGAGAUGACCAUCAACAAUGAAACCCGAGCAUUUGGAAGCACUCUGAGCUACCACAUUUCAAAGAAAUAUGGUGAAAAGGGACUGACCGAUAACAGUAUUAACAUAAAAUUAAAGGGCUCUGCAGGCCAGAGUUUUGGUGCUUUUCUGACAAAGGGCGUUACUAUGGAAUUAGAAGGGGAUGCCAACGAUUACGUUGGCAAAGGUCUUUGUGGUGGUGAGAUUGUCAUUUAUCCUCCUAAAGAGUCUGAAUUCAACUCGGAGGCCAACGUGAUUGUGGGCAACGUUUGUCUGUACGGUGCGACUUCCGGCCGUGCUUAUUUUCGUGGUAUUGCCGCCGAGAGAUUCAGCGUGCGUAACAGCGGCGCUGUAGUCGUUGUCGAGGGUGUCGGCGAUCACGGCUGCGAGUACAUGACUGGCGGAGUUGCUCUCAUUCUCGGCUUGACUGGAAGAAAUUUUGCUGCUGGUAUGUCGGGCGGCAUCGCGUACGUUUUCGACGUCGAUGGGUCAUUCAAGAGCAAAUGUAAUCCAGAGAUGGUGGAGCUUUUGCCGCUCAACGGGAAAAAAGAUAUCGACCAUGUGCAACAAUUGCUCGAGGAAUUCGUCGAAAAGACCGGAUCGUUGAUUGCCCAAGAAAUGCUGCAGAUCUGGCCAGAGCCAACCAAUCGCAUUUUUAAGGUAUUUCCGUACGAGUAUCAACGUGCUUUGAAGCAGAUGGAGGAAAAGGAGGAAGAAGAAAAGCCUACGAAUGUCGCCAUUAUUUCAAACGGCAAUGGUAAAACCGAAGCUGUGCUCGACAUUGAAGAUGUCGUGGCCGAUACCGAGGUAGCCCAAAAGAAGCUGGAUAAAGUCAAAGGCUUCAUCAAGUACAAAAGACAGGGUGGACAUUACAGGUCGGUUGACAAACGUAUGACGGAUUGGGACGAAAUUUACAAUUUCGGUGGCGUGAGGAAGGGCCUGAAAGUUCAAGCCGCGCGUUGUAUGGAUUGCGGAGUUCCGUUUUGCCAGAGUAGCCACGGCUGUCCUCUCGGUAAUAUUAUUCCAAAGUGGAACGAUCUUGUUUUUCAAGACAAUUGGAAAGAAGCUCUCAACCAACUUGUUCAGACAAACAAUUUCCCCGAAUUCACGGGAAGAGUGUGUCCUGCACCCUGCGAGGGUGCUUGCGUCCUCGGGAUUUCCGAGCCAGCCGUUACAAUCAAGAAUAUCGAAUGCGCCAUAAUCGAUCAUGCCUUUGAGCAAGGCUGGAUAGAACCGCAUCUUCCGACGCAAAGAACUGGCAAAAAGGUUGCCGUCAUCGGAUCUGGCCCAGCGGGUCUUGCCGCGGCUCAUCAAUUAAACAAGGCCGGACACUUUGUCACUGUGUACGAAAGAAACGACCGAGUUGGUGGGCUGCUGCAGUAUGGGAUUCCUACGAUGAAGCUUUCAAAGCAAGUUGUGCAGAGGCGAGUUAAUUUACUGGCCGAGGAAGGCAUUAUCUUCAAAACUGGCGUCAACGUUGGAAAGUCAAUCUCCGUAUCCGAAUUGAAACAACAGAACGAUGCCGUUGUUAUUUGCACCGGAGCAACUUGGCCGAGGGAUCUGUCCAUUACCGGAAGGCAGUUAAAAGGCAUUCAUUUUGCCGUCACAUUUCUCGAGCAUUGGCAGAAAAAGCAAAUGGAUAACAAUACCCCGCUAAAUCUCGAAUUGAUGGCCAAAGACAAAGACGUUAUAAUCAUUGGCGGCGGAGACACUGGCUGUGAUUGCAUCGCAACAUCUCUGCGACAGGGAGCCAAAUCGAUCGUGACAUUUGAAAUUUUACCAGAACCGCCCAAAAAAAGAGGACAAGACAAUCCUUGGCCACAAUUUCCUAGGAUAUUUAAAUUGGAUUAUGGACACGAAGAAGUUGUCCACAGAUUUGGCCAAGAUCCACGCAAAUUUAGUACUUUAAGCAAGGAAUUUUUGGAUGAUGGCAACGGUCACAUAAGUGGCAUCAAAACCGUAAAUGUUGAGUGGACGAAAGAUGAUGUUGGUGGGUGGAAAAUGGAUCAAGUUCCCAAUUCCGAAAAGGUUUACAAGUGUGACUUAGUAUUACUUGCCAUGGGUUUUUUGGGUCCUGAAAAAUACAUUGCUCAAGAAUUAUCCACUGAAAUGGAUAGUCGUGGAAAUUAUUUGACACCUACUGGUAAAUAUGCAACAAGUGUGCCAGGAGUUUUUGCUGCUGGAGAUUGUCGGAGAGGUCAAUCCCUAGUGGUAUGGGCUAUUUCAGAGGGACGACAAGCUGCACGAGAAGUCGAUUUGGCCCUAAUGAAGCAAACUUGCCUGCCAGGACCAGGUGGCAUUGUAAUUCAAUGAAUGAAAUGAACGCUUGUAAUGAUGAUAUUCAUCCAACUCGUAAACUAAAUUUUACAUACUCAUGCUCCAUAAAAUUUUUUUUUUGAUACUCGCAUGAUGAUUCUUUGAACAAACAAAAGCAUCGAGUACCAAAGAUGGCAUCAUCCUUGUAAUUUUUUCAUGCAAUUGUUUUAUUGCAUAUUAAACAGUGCCCAAAUGUCGUACGAAAUUUUCCUAGUUUUGCCAUGUAAUACUUUGACAUUGGGUCGCUUUGCAUUCCUUGUUAUUUGAGAGGCACAGUUACAUCAAUAGUGAGACUAGUACUUAUCCAUUACAAUCCUCACGUACCAUUCCACGUAAAUGGUAAUCCUCAAUAAAUUGUAUUGGAUUUGUACGGUAAUGUUGACUUUAAAUAAGGCUGGUGAAACAUGCGUCCAUGCGUUGUUAUAAAUAUACAGUAAAUUGCGCGUUUGUUGAUCGAGCGACCGACGACUUGAACCAAACAAAGGUCAAGUAAAUAUAUCGUCUGUAAUACGCCUAUUUUGUGUCCGAAUGACUAGUUUUUAUUGAAAAACAAAGAGAAAAAAAAAAAAAAAAAUUUUUGCGUACAUUAAAACAUGUCAAUUAAUUAGUUCUCUACGCUUUUGAAUCCCACCAAUCGUAGUAUUGCUCCAACCAAGCGUGUGUAGAGAAAGACACAAAUUCGUAUUUGCUCGUGACAUUUCAUUUGUUUAACAAUAAUUUCUUCUCUUUAUUUUUUUUCUUACUUUAGUAGUUUUAUUAUUACCAUUAUUACAUUUUAGCAUGUAAGCAAACCUUAAUCUGACGAUGGAUUUCUAUUGUACUGAGAGUAUGAAACCUUUACUGUUUCCAUCUUUGGAUAAAAAAUUCUCACAUGUAUAAUGCUACAAAUUUAUAUGCAUAUGAAAACUAUCAAGACAAUAAAAUUAUAUCGAAUGUUAA